AUGGACGAUCAAAGUGGCAGGAAAAGGAUUGACCCAAGAACCGAAAAUAUCCCUAUUGGUCGAGAUCCCAAUUCCGCCGUGGUAUAUCAUGCUCUACCUAGACAUGAUAACCCUGAAAUCACAGAAAAUCUUGAAACUGAUGAGGUAAGAUGGCAGGAUCGUGAACACAUCGUACAUCCACCGGGAGUAAAUGAUCACAAAGGUGAGAGUACCUUUUGCCUCACCUCGGAAUCUUUAAAUCGGGAUGCACCCAAUUUUUUCACGGCGGCAUUUUUCGGUCAUUUUUCGGAGGCAACGACCACUAGUAUCUUUAUCGAACGGGAUCCAACGAAUUUCGCAAUGAUCGUAAAAUAUUUAAGAAGGUAUGAAAUGGAUUGGCCGGUAAAAGACAAGGUCUCGAUGAAAAAUUUAUUGGAGGACGUAAAGUAUUACGGUUUUGAAAGGUUACAAAAUUUGUUGGAAGAAAUCUAUGAAAAGCAUUUCCCUGUAAAGGUGAUACCUUGGAAGAUUUUAACCUAUGCACUCGAGAAAGAACCUAUUCUCGCUAUAAACAUUAAAGAUGUGGAAUUAAAAAGAUGGGAUUCUCGAUCUUUAAUUUAUAAUGCCAAUCCCGUUUUGAAAAUGAAGAAGAAAACAUCAAACAAAGAAAAUGAAGUUGUUGCUAACACUAAUGAUGAUGAUGCCACGGUUGACAAUAAUGAAGAGGACAAUGUUGUUAAUGAAACGAUAAAGCCAAACCCAGAAAAAGGUCUGUACCGAUUAGAGGUACACGGAAGAGACGCAUUAGCAACCGUAACUUCAAACCUGAGCAAUGGAAUAAAAUUCGAGAAUUUCGUCAUGAAAGAUGCUGCGGAAGAUGCAACCUUUCGCGUGCUUACGGAAUCUUUCCGAACGCCUGAUGGCACCCUCACUUUGUCACCUUCUUUGAAACUAUCCUUCCUAAAGGAUAGUUGUAUUGAAAUCGAUGGUAUAAGGUAUCACAACCAUAACGAUUUAUCAUCAUAUUUGGGUGUAAAUGCUAGGGGAAAACCAUUUUACUUUGAAGAAAUUGUGAUUCGUAUUGAAAGUGGCGUAUUCUUAAUGAGAGCACGUGCUUGGACCAUUCCAUCUUAUUACGCUUCACAACCCUUUCAAAAAAUGAAAUCCUUUGCCUUAUUCUUUAUCGUUUUAUUCAUAAUCUCUUGUUUGCCUGUGACCAUUCAUUCUCAAGUAGAACCAAAAUCAACCGAAGUAGUUGCAACAACUUCGUCUACUCAAACUGCUCUUAUUCCAGAUGAAGCUACCGAAGUCGUUGCACCGCCUACUUCUGUUACCGCGACAUCUGUAACAAGUACUUUCAGUUCGACCACGACCGGCACAACCACAACAACGGGAACGCACACUGGCACUGGCACGUCGUCAACGUCAGCAAGUGCCGCGGCCGUACCCAUGAGACAUGAUAUGACUAAUAUUGCGGCUGCUGGUGUUGUCGCCGCUGCCAUCGCUCUUUUCUAA